AUGAAUAUUUGUCGUCGAGCCGUUGAAAAUCAACUCAUUGCAGUUCUUUUCGAAAUAAAAAUAUCCGACAAAACAUCAGUCGCACAUCUAAAUCCCGAUAUGAUCGUAUUCAAUCUUGGUACCCUUUUUCGACUAGUAUCUAUCGAUUUGACACCAGAUAAUGUCUGGCAUGCUCAACUUGAGAUUGCCGAUGGAGCAAUGCAACAUAUCAAAGAUCAAAUUCAAUCUAAAAUCAAUGCUCGUCUCACUUGGUUAACAUUUGGCAACUAUUUGACUGUUCUAAAACAAAACAUUGCUGCUGACAAAUAUUAUCAGUAUCUUUUGCAUAUACUUCCACCUGAUCAUCCUAGUCUCGUAUCGAUUUACAAUAAUAUGGGUUUAAUGUAUACACUGAUGAAUAAUAAUGAAAAAGCAUUGGAGUGUUUUGAGAAAACAUUCGAAUUUCAUGCUCAAUCUUCGUCACAAGCAGUUGAACAAACAGAUUCACUAAUGUCGGUUUUACGAUCUUCUCAUGAUUCCACUAAUCGUCAAUUAGCUACACUCAAUAAAUUAGCUGAAAUGAGCUAUCGUCUCGAAGAUUAUCCAACAGCACUUGAUUUUUAUCGUCAAGCAUACGACAUGACAGAUGACGAAAAGUUGCGUGAAUUAUAUCAAGCUAAAAUAGAAUUUCUUUCUUGUUUUUGUCGUAGUCGUUAA